UCCAAAUUGGUGAGCAAACCCUCGCCAUCGCCCGGAAAUGGGAUCGAGAUCGAGCGAGGGGAAUUCUCAGGAGGAAGCAGGGCCGCAUACGGAGCUCUACGCCCGCCUCAACGUUUCGCCGUCGGCGUCCGCCGAGGAGAUCCGCAAGGCCUUCCUUAAUUUGUCGGGAGUAGCUCACCCCGAUAAGCACCUCGACCCCGAGUUGAAGGAUGCUGCGACGGAAAAUUUUCGCCAAAUUGUUGAAGCAUAUGACGUCUUGAAUAAUGAAGAGAAAAGACAAAUCUAUGACAUAUAUGGUAUGGAAGGUCUGAAAUCAGGCUUGGAACUUGGCCCACAUCUUAAUAAAGUAGAGGAAUUGAAGGAACAAUUGGAAAAAUUAAAGCGUCAUAAGGAGCAGGAAAAGGUCCUCGCCCAUGGCCCAGCUUCUAUGACACUUGUUGCAAAAUUAUCUUUACCUUCAUAUCUAGAUGGCCAUGGCAUCAUCAGACGAAUGCAAAUGUAUAGUGAGGUUCAAUCGCACAUGUCCAAGCGCAACAUGAUUUCUGUUAGUGGAAAUUUUCUUGUUUCUGGUAACAGAGGAGAUGGAUAUGCAAAUGUUUUGUUGAGACACCAAGUAUCCCCAUUCGCUCACGUGGAUUUCAUGGCAACAGCCGGUCUUCGAUCUCUCAUUGGAUUGCAGGCAUCUUGUCAACUUUCAAAUCAUUCAAAAGCAACUUCUGGAUUGACAGUUUCUCUGGGAGAUGGUUCAGUCAAUCUUUCAAAUACAUGGACUCGCCAACUGUCAGAAACGAGUUUCGGAGAUAUACAACUUGUUUUGGGAACAGAAUCAGCCAUUACUGCUGGAUGGAAAAAGAAAGAGGAAAAAACUUCUGCGGCAGGAGAAGUAAAGUUUGGUACAGGUUAUUUUGGGGCAUCAGCCCAUUAUACUCAUCGUUUUUCUGAAAAUUCUCAUUGCCGAAUUGCCGGUAACAUUGGAAGUGCUCUUUAUUUAGAAAUUGGUGGUGGAAGAAGAAUAUCUGAUUCCAGUUUUGUGCGAUUAGUCUAUAACAUAGGAAUUGAGGGAAUUCUGUGGAGAUUUGAGUUACACAGAGGGAGCCAGAAGCUGUUGAUUCCAGUUUUGCUUUCCCGUGAUCUAGAUCCAAUAGUUGCAACUGGGGCAUUUAUGGUUCCUUCGUCACUUUAUUUUCUUCUUAAGAAAUUUGUUUUGAAACCUUACUACCUUAGACGGCAGAAGCAAAAGGCACUUGAGAAAAAGGAGGUGUCACUAAAUCAGAUUCGAAAAGCAAGGGAUGCGGCUAAGAAAGCGCAGAAGUUGCUACAAAAUGUUUCCAACAGGAAGAAAAAUAAAGAAGUGGAAAAAGAUGGGCUGGUUAUUACAAAAGCGAUAUAUGGAAAUCUUAGAACAGCCAGAGGAACAGAAGAACAUCUUGAGGUGGAUGAUGAUGUAGCUUCACUGAUUUUAGAUGUUACAUUACCACUAAACUUCUUGGUGACCAACUCUCGGCUUGAGCUUCAUAAAGGAAUAAAGAAGUCUGGCAUAAUGGGGUUUUGUGAUCCCUGUCCUGGAGAGCCGUCACAAUUACUAGUGGAAUACACAUUCAAGGGCAAGAACUACAAGGUAGUGGUUGAUGACUAUGACUUAUUGCGAAUCCCAAAUGAGACACACAGAAUCUGAGGCCUCAUUGUUGUUGGUGUUUGAGACAUCAAACAAUUUUGCAUGAAUUGAAAGUGGGUGAAAUAAAAGCCGCCCUCGUGCCGUUUUCCCAUACUUUUCAGUGUCUCAUGGCCUCUAUUUAGCUUAGAUUGUAGGAUAACUGAAAAGCAUGUUGAAUUGUAUCGUCCAUGUGAAUAUUGACUGUUGUUGGUCUUGAAGAUUUCAUGUCAGUGCAGGCAGAGUUCAAGUUCAUAUAGGCCAAAGGCAUAAUAACUACUGUGAUUUCUAAACUAUUCAUUCCUUCCUGUAUCAUCACAUAUGAUGUAUGAGUUGUUCCUGUAUUUUUCUGGGAUUUCAUUUUUAGAGGUAUGCAACAAAAAAAAAGAUCAAGCAUCUGUCA